UAAACUUGAAAAGAUUUUCCCACCAUCAUUCUUCAAUUCCAUGGAACACUUACCGGUUCACCUUCCACGCGAAGCUAGGCUAUGUGGUCCCGUACAAUACCGUUGGAUGUAUCCCUUUGAAAGGUUCCUUAAUCAUUUAAAACGCAAAAUUGGUAACAAGGCUCGUGUGGAGGGUUCUAUUUGUAAUGCGUACUUGUGCGAAGAGAUUGCAAACUUCUGUUCCAACUAUUUUCAGCAAGGAGUGGAUACUAAGACACGAGAUUUAGGUCGUAAUGUCACUGAUGAAGUUGAUAGGAUGCUCGAUGAAAAUGUCCCAGAACUAUUUAGAGUUGAUUGUGGUCGGCCGUCAAAUGCAGGUGGAAAACGAUAUUUAACUGAAGCAGAACUUCAACGUGCACACCUAUAUGUGUUAGCAAAUACAGGCAUCUUACAAGAAUUUGAAAAGGGUUUCGAGGACCACAUUCUUCAAAUUCGACCUACUCUACGUGCAGAAGAUGUGUGGGUGCAACAUGAAGCAGAAUACCUUGAUUGGUUUAGAUCGAAAGUUAUUCAAGACAAACCAAAUGAUGAUGUACUGUUGCUUUAG